UGAUUUGAUUUGAUUUCAUAUCAUAUCAUUUUCCUUUCUUUCUUUCACUUCACUUCAAUUCAAUUCAAUUCAAUUCAAUUGUGUGAUUUGCAUGCCCUUCUCCUAGUUUCCCUGAGCCUGGGCCUGUGCUGCAAGGCUCGGGGAAUCUGUAAAAUGGCUUCCUCAGAGACUGAUCCCUUCUCCUCCUCUAAUCCAACCGCGUCCUCUGAGAAUAACUCAUUCUCAACAUUUCCUCUCCCAUCAUCAGAAAAUGAUGUAUACUCCAACUCUGCCGCAUCUUCUGAUGACCUCCGUUCUGCCUCUCCUGUUUGUAUGCACAAAUUCAGGCUUUAUGAGACUCGAUCGAAAUUUUACAUGGUAGGAAGGGACAAGAGUAGAACAUAUUGGAGGGUGCUCAAAAUUGAUAGGAUGGAUUUGUCCAAGCUAAACAUACGUGAAGAUUCUGCUGUAUAUACAGAAAAUGAAUGUUCUGAUCUGCUGAGACGGAUACACGAGGGUAAUAAAUCUACUGGAGGACUGAAGUUUGUAUCCACUUGCUAUGGUAUUGUUGGAUUCAUUAAAUUUCUAGGACCUUAUUACAUGCUGCUUAUUACAAAGAGACGUCAAAUUGGUACAAUAUGUGGUCAUCCUAUAUAUGGUGUUUCCAGAAGUGAGAUGAUUCCACUUCCAAAUGCUGCUGUUUGGUCCAGUAUAGCCAUUCCAAAGAAUGAGAACAGAUACAAGAAGCUCCUAUGCUCGGUGGAUCUCACAAAGGACUUCUUCUUUAGCUACUCAUACCAAGUUAUGCGUAGUCUACAAAAGAAUAUCUGUGAUAAUGAAACAGGUCACGCUCUUUAUGAAACCAUGUUUGUGUGGAAUGAAUUUUUGACUCGUGGAAUCCGAAACCACUUGCAUAAUACCAUUUGGACGGUUGCUUUGGUCUAUGGCUUUUUCAAGCAGGGUACACUAUCUCUAGAUGGGAGAGAUUUCAAGUUGACCUUAAUUGCUAGACGUUCUCGUCAUUAUGCUGGCACAAGGUAUUUGAAACGAGGUGUAAAUGAGAAAGGUAGAGUGGCAAAUGACGUCGAGACUGAACAGAUCGUUUUUGAGGAUGUCCCUGAAGGGGUUUCUAUGCAAUUAAGUUCUAUCGUCCAGAAUCGUGGCUCAAUCCCUCUUUUCUGGUCACAGGAAACUUCACGCUUGAACUUAAGGCCUGAUAUUAUACUGUCAAAGAAGGAUCAAAAUUAUGAAGCAACGAGACUUCAUUUUGAAAAUCUUGCUAAAAGAUAUGGAAACCCCAUAAUUAUAUUGAACUUGAUAAAGACACGUGAGAAGAAGCCACGAGAAUCUAUUCUUCGUGCUGAGUUUGCUAAUGCUAUUGACUUCAUUAAUAAUGAUUUAUCUGAGGAGAACCGUCUUAGGUUUCUUCAUUGGGAUCUACACAAGCAUGCUCGGAGUAAAGCUACAAAUGUUUUACUGCUUCUGGGGAAAGUGGCUUCUUUUGCAUUGACACUUACGGGAUUCUUUUAUUGUCAAGUUACUCCAGCUUUAAGAUCUGAAAGGAGUGAAGGAAAUUGUAGCAUAUCUUCUCAGUUACAUUCAAACAAUGAUGUCGAAGAUGCUGCUAGCAUGGAAAAGCAAAUAAGUGCGGACAACCUUGCUUCUAAUGGGAAUUACAUUAUUAAGCAGUCGUUAUUCCAGAGUGGGGUGCUCAGGACCAAUUGCAUAGACUGCCUCGACCGUACAAAUGUUGCACAAUAUGCAUACGGGUUUGCUGCUCUUGGACACCAGCUUCAUGCCUUGGAAAUUUUAGAUUCCCCCAAAAUCCAUCUUGAUGCCCCUUUAGCUGAUGAGUGAUGGCAUUUUAUGAGA